AUGCUUGUAUCAACAACCAAUACCAUCCGCGUUAAUUCGUCACAUCAUUUUAGAGUUCGCUCCAGGGCUGCUGCCAGUGCCCUCAAUCGAUUUAUCGAUACUUUCGCGUUGUCUCGCAGUAAGCUAUUUCUCCUUCGCGCAUCUGGAGUAGCCAACCUCGGUGAAAAGCAGAACGCGGACAAAGUUCCAUUCAGCCAGUUCCCAAAUAUGCCUCUACGAUGGUAUUUGCCAUCGCCUAUAAGCUACCCACUCGCUCCUUCGGCUAGUCCACAGCAUUCAUUUUUCUCCCCACUUCGCUAUUCGGGCAAGACAGAAGCUGUUGCUGGAUCUGGAUCUGACUCGUAUUUCUUAUCAUCGUCCUCGGGGACCAUCUCAGGGGAAUAUCGACUCCCUUCCUCGUCACGAGCCCCUGGAGUCACUUUUCCUCAACCUGUCGUGGCUAUGGCCAUUUCGUCCACUGGUCAUGCGCUUUUCGAUAGACCUUCCCAACUCCCCCUUUUCACCCAUAAUCCCAACAAUAACGACAUGUUGAUUUCGUUGCCAUCUCUGUUGGGUCCACCUACAACCCCAACAUCGUCGUCUUCGUCAUCCCCGUUUGCGACCAGCAGGAGCCGUGCCGUGUCACGCAUUGCGGCCAUGCGAAGGAAUGAAGACAGUUCUACUGACGGUAAUUCUGAUGAGGAUACAUCUUCUUCAUUUACUGCCGCACCAUCCGCAACCCUUGCCACUGACUCUAAAGGUAGUAAGGGGGAAGAAACCAAGACAACCCAGAGUCACAGUAGCGGACCACCACCUGGUCAUGGUUCAUCCACAGAUACGCCGGUCCCAGAUGCUCCCACAACAGUAGUUACGUCAUAUUAUACGCCAAGCGAGCAGGACGCCACCACUCUCCUUACAACUGCAACACCAACCACAGCAAUUGUGAGUGGCACUUCGACCACUCCAGUUUCACCAGAUAUCACCAAAGGACCGCAUGUGCUCAUUUCACAGUCUUCGGUGGUGAUGAUGACCAUCACCUCCGAAUGGACAUCCGGGGGGCAUACUUAUCUAACAACAAUGACAUUGGGGAGCAUUAGUCUUGCGAGUGUCCAACCUUCGUCCACCGGAACUGUUGCAUCUGCUCCGUCUACAUCUGAGUCCAGUCAUCUUUCCCUGAUAUUGGGACUUGUUUUUGCGGUGGUUUUUCUUGUCGCCCUUGGCGUAAUAAUCUACAAAUGGCGGCGGCGGCGGCGGCGGGCUGGGUUACUCCCACAGCCUCCACUGUCAGAUCAUGAGAACCGUGACUACCAAGAGUGGUUGCUGAGAGACCCAGCUCCACUGGUCGCGACACCAGCUACGCUGAGAGGAAACACUCCUACUCCCCCACUUGUGGAAAGGGUAUCUCAUUGGCGAUCAAGAUGCCGCUCCCAAGGGGACAGUUCGUUGCCGAUGAGUGAGGUGCUCUCGGACCCUUUUGCGGAUGGUUCUUUCGCAGUUACUUCACAGACAAGUGAGCCUGCACCGAACAACCACUUUGCGAUAUUCGGCGAAAGCCUCAGUACGCUGCACACGACUGACAACUCGGAGUUGAAUUUUCUUGCUCCCAUUCCCUCGAAUGCUGGGACUUCUAUUCAUUCGUCAUACUUUUCUCCGACUGGUCAUUAUCACGGGAGGCCUCCCCCACCUGACACGUCGACAUCAGACGCAACGGAAAAAUCAUCACCGGUCUUUCACGCUGGUAGUGAGCGUUCGAGGGCUCUAUUGGAUGAGGCACGUAGGAGUUAGGUGGUGUUAGACAGAUAUUCCCAACCCUUUGGUCCAUUUGGUAGAUGUGUUGGUUCAACUUGAC